UUGAGGACUUCACCAGUUGGGAAUUAGCUGCAACCUACCAACAUGCCGUCCAAGCCUGCCCCGAUCAAGAAGGCGGCUAAGAAAGAACCAGCCAAGAAGGAGGAGGAGGCGGCCGCCCCGGAGCCCGCCCCGGAACCCGCACCGGAGCCCGCUCCCGCCGAGGCCGAGGCCGCUCCUGCCCCCGCAGAGGCCGAAGCUGCACCUGCUGAGGAGGCCCCUGCCCCACCGGCCGAGGAGCCCAAAGCCCCUACCCCUCCACCACCAGCCGACGAAGCUGCUCCUGCUGCUGAGGGCGAAGCACCUGCCGAUGCUGAAGCUGCUGAGGCACCUGCGCCAGAAGAGCCUAAAGCACCCACACCUCCACCUCCUCCACCCAAAGAGCCCACCAGUGUUCCCCUGGAUCUGUUUGUCGAGGAUAAGAAUGACACCUCAGUCACUAUCAUUUGGAGCCAGCCAGAGAACAUCGGACCAUCAGGUUUGGAUGGAUACGUCAUUGAAGUCGCCAAGGACGGAACUGACGACUGGAAGGCAGUCAAUGAGGAUCUGCAGAAGUCCUGCCGUUAUAUUAUCAAGAACCAGACCACUGGUGACCGCCUGAAGAUCCGCGUGGUGGCUGUUAACGCCGGCGGUCGUAGCCCCGAACUCGCCCUCCCUGAGGCUGUCCUGGUCAAGGAGGUUGCUGACCGUCCCAAGGUUCGCUUGCCUCGCUUCCUCAGGCAGAGAUACGUGGCUUAUGUUGGAGACAAGAUCAACCUGACCAUCCCCUUCACAGGCAAACCUAAACCUGUGGUGUCCUGGACAAAGAAUGGAGGGCCCUUGGACACAAAGAGGGUGAACAUCCGCAGCACGGAAAGAGACAGCAUCCUGUUCAUCCGUGCCGCCGAGAGAGAGGAUUCUGGAGUGUACGAGAUGAGUGUGAAGGUUGAGGACUUUGAAGACAAGGCCUCCCUUACCCUUCAGAUUGUCGAGCUGCCAGGACCUCCUGCCAGUGUCAAAAUCGUGGAUACCUGGGGCUUUAAUGUGGCUCUGGAAUGGACCCCACCCACCGACAACGGAAAUACAGAAAUCACAGGUUACACAAUCCAGAAGGCUGACAAAAAGACCGGAGACUGGUUCACUGUGCUGGAGCAUUACCAUAGACUGAAUGCCACCAUCUCUGACCUCAUCAUGGGCAACACCUACAAGUUCAGAGUGUUUUCUGAGAACAAGUGUGGAAUUAGUGAGGGCGCUGCCAUGACAAAGGAGGAGGCCAAGAUCCUGAAGACAGGAAUUGACUACAAGCCUCCUGAGUACAAGGAGCACGACUUCAGCGAGGCACCCAAGUUCACCACCGCCCUGAGCGACAGAGCCACUACCGUCGGCUACAGCACCAAACUGCUCUGCUCUGUCAGGGGCUCCCCAAAACCCAAGAUCGAAUGGAUGAAGAACCAGAUGAUUAUUGGAGACGACCCCAAGUUCAGGCAGAUCUGCGUCCAGGGUAUCUGCUCUCUGGAGAUCCGUAAGCCUGGUAACUUUGACGGUGGUGUGUACACCUGCAGAGCCAAGAACGAUCACGGAGAGGCUCUUGUCAGCUGCAAGCUGGAGGUCAAACAGCCAGUUGUUGCAGAUGCAGACAAGAAAUAAACCAGUGUUUUUACAGUCCCAGUUUAGCAGCAGAAGGAAUGAGGCCUUUGCAGCAUCAGGAAGGUGCUGGAUCCGUGGAAGAACAUGUAUAUAGAGCUGGUGGACACAUUACCAAAUGGUUAUUGCCUGUAUUAUCCAACGCUGUAAUGAACAAUUCCUGUCACUUCAUGCCUUUCUCUUUAUCUAAGUCCAUAUCCAUGUCCAGAAUCAGCUUUUUCCCCAACAAAUGUCUAUGGUAACUAAAAUUUCACAUGUUCAAACCCUAGUUCAUCUUGUCAGUCUAACUAGGUGUACACCAAGAAUUACACAGCACGAAUUUAUACUGUUCCUCAUAGGACAAUUACAUGUAACAUCUACGUCUUUAUAACAAUAAAUAAUUUAAUUUCUG